CACAAACGACAAUUAAUUGCGUUUGCUGUAAUUGCAUAGAGAAUAAAGAUUCUAAAUAGCUUUUUUAAACAAUUUAGCCAUGACUCAUAAUUGUACUUUUUCUAAAAUCUAAUUACUUACAAAUAUCAACCGCACCUAUAUAUAAUAAUGAUUAUUUGAAUAAGCCUCAACAUGUUCAUAAAUUUUAUUAUUCAUGAAAGUUAUUUACGAUCUUUGGCCACUACAGUUGCAGACAUAAGUCCAUUGCAACUUAAGCUAGACGGUCGCAUUCUACGGUAGAAAUCCAAAGAUGGCAGAUCGCAGCAGGAAUUGCUUUGACGCUGGAAACGGAGUGAGCCCAGAGUACAAUAUGUCUCAUAGAUAUCGUGGCAGAGCAGUCAUCUUUAAUAACAAGAACUUUGAACAUCCACACCUGAAGACACGCCAAGGCACGGAUGUGGACAGCGCAUUUCUUGGAAGAGUUCUUGGGCAAUUGGGCUUUAAAGUAAAGGAAUACACGGACCUUUGCAGCCAUGCGAUUAUGAAAAAAAUUAACAAAGUCAGUGGUCGGGAUCACUCCGAUUGUGAUUGUAUUUUAAUAGCCAUCCUCUCACAUGGUAAAUUGGGCUACAUAUAUGCCAAGGACAAGGAUUAUCCACUGGAGAGCAUUUUGAAUCCAUUUACUGCUGAGCGAUGCCCCACAUUGGCGGGCAAACCGAAACUGUUCUUUAUUCAGGCCUGUCAGGGCGAUCUCAUGGAUCCCGGCUACCACAUCCAGCGACCCGAAAGCUCUGGACAUGACAACGAAACUUUUAUGAGCUAUAGAAUACCACUUCCUGCCGACUUUCUGAUAGCCUCUGCCACGAUUCCUGGUUACUGCUCCUGGCGUAAUACUGUCGACGGCAGCUGGUUUAUACAGAGCCUGUGCAAAGAACUUGGCUCCUUUGGUAAGACACGGGAUCUAUUGACACAACUGACAUUCGUUGCCCAGCGUAUUGCCGUCAACUAUGAGAGUUUUCAUUCGUUUGACUCGAUGCAGCACCAGAGAAAACAAAUUAGCUGCACAAUGUCCACGUUAACCCGCAUAUUGUUUUUUCGCGAUAAAAGCAAUCCAUCAAACGACUGACGACAACGACCACUCCCACAGAAGGUUUCUGUUGUUUAAAAAAUAAAAUGGUAAAAGAUUUAAUUUAUAAAAUUUCAAUAAAAUGUGAGGAAA